CUCAAGCUCACCCUCUCCUGUAAGAACACUGCUGCUUCUACCAGAGACCAGGCUUCCCAGGGAGGUAAUCUGGGGUAGUGGGAAAACCGCCCCCAGCUCUUUGCGAACUGGCCCAACAGGUCUCAGGCUUGUUAGGCAGGCCACCUGGAUAGGGGAACCAGCAGCUGCCUGGCCUGUAUUUUUUUCUCCCUCCUUCCCUUCCAUCUUUCUCAGGGUUCAUCAACUCCCCUAGAGUUUGCUUCAUAUGUUUCUCUCAAGAGGUUGAUCCCCAUCAGGACUGAAUCUGCCAUCUCCACACCUGUAUAUCCAGGUAGGACCCUUCAGACUACUUGGUUCGUUUCUCAGUUUUCCCCUGGGCCCUGCUAUUUCAGAGCUAGAGUAACUCUCUGUCUUGAAACUCUCAGUCCCUCUCCUGCAGUAUAUAUCAGGAAGUGGGCACAGUCAGAAGUUGUACCAAUAUCAAUGUUGUAAUACCAGAAAUCUCACCUUUCCACUAGACAUUUCCUUGCCUUGAGCUAUUUUUCUGGGGUUACAGGAAAGGGGAAUACCCUCAUCUACUAGUUCCCACAGCAACUGCAGCAUCACGCCUCAGCCCCACCUCCUCCUUACCCCCAGGCGGCCCCAAAUCCCCUCUGAAAGGGUGCGGUUCAGGUAACAGCGUAGCAACCUCUAACGCUUGGGGUAGGAUGGGGAGGGUAUGAAAGGCUUAGAUCAAAUGUCCUGAGUGAGGCAGGAACAGACUGUCCCCAACAACACAGCUGGGAAGUAACUACCAUAGACUCCCAUUUUGGAUUAGAUCAUCCCAGGGCAUGAAUUUAGACUGUCCACAGUGCUUGGAUUAGUCAUGGCAUUGAAGAGGAGAAGAUGUAGAGCACGGGACUGUGCCUGGCAGGGAGUCUGGAGUUUCUGGUUUCGAAGUUCUGGAAGGCGUGAGCCAGAGGAGGGGCCUCCGUGCAGGGAGAGGGCGGGAAGUUGGGGCAGGGCCCCAGUCAGCUGUGCAAGGCUGUGCAACCAGAGGCAACACAGAACGGAAAGAGGAUCCCUACAGACUCCUGAAAUUCAGAAGAGUGGACACUCCAGGUUUGACCACCUAAGACACCAUUCCUCUAAAGAUUAUAGCUCCAUUUGUCAUUCUGAAGCCUCUGCUUGUCCUGUACCCCAAGGAUGGAGCCACUUCUAGGAGUAAAAAUUGGCUGCCUCUUUGCCCUGCUGACUCUCACUCUGGUCUGUGGCCUUAUUCCCAUCUGCUUCAAAUGGUUCCAGAUUAAUGCAGCCACAGGUCGUCACCGCCGGGUCCUGAGUCUCCUGGGCUGCACUUCUGCUGGUGUUUUCCUGGGAGCAGGGUUCAUGCACAUGACUGCUGAAGCCCUGGAGGGAAUUGAAUCAGAGAUCCAAAAGUUUGUGAAGCAGAACAGGACAGAAAGUGAGGGAAGUUCUGAUGAUGCUGAUUCAGCUCAGACGGACUAUCCCUAUGGAGAGCUCAUCAUCUCCCUGGGCUUCUUCCUUGUCUUCUUUUUGGAGUCACUGGCACUGCAGUGCUGUCACGGAGCCUCUGAAGGAUCACCAGUGCAGGAGGAGGAAUGGGGCGGGGCUCAUGUCCCUGGACUCCACAGCCAUGGGCCUCUCCCCUCACCCUCACGGGGUCCCCUUCGAGCCCUUGUCCUCUUGCUUUCACUCUCCUUCCACUCUGUGUUUGAAGGUCUAGCUGUGGGGCUACAGCCAACAGUAGCUGCUACCGUGCAGCUCUGUCUUGCUGUCCUGGCUCACAAGGGGCUUGUAGUGUUUGGUGUAGGGCUGCGGCUGGUGCGGAUAGGCACUGGAUCACGAUGGGCCAUGUUCUCCAUACUGUCAUUAGGUCUCAUGUCUCCCCUGGGCCUUGCCCUAGGGCUGGCUGUGGCCCAAGGAGACUCUGAAGCGGGGCGAGGCUUAGCCCAGGCUGUGUUAGAGGGUGUGGCAGCUGGCACCUUCCUGUAUGUCACCUUCUUGGAAAUUCUGCCCCGGGAUCUAGCUGGUCCUGAGGCCCCUCUAGCCAAGUGGAGCUGUGUAGCCACUGGUUUCGCCUUCAUGGCAUUUAUUGCCUUGUGGGCCUGAAAGAUUCCUGACUUUUCUGAUGGACCUAUCUAGGAAGACCUCCCUACCCCCAGGAGACACCUCCCAAAUGGCUUUGGUCCUCAAAUGUUUCUUGACCAAGACAUCUACUAGGCAUCAUCCCCAUGAACUGGACCCCAGCAUUUCCCUACAUGAGAUCCUAUUUCUCAUCCAGCACUGAGAAAAGGAUGUUUAGAUUGAGUGCCUAUAAAUUGGAGAAUUGACAUAAAGACCAUCACUCCAGAUUUGACUCUUGUCCCAUUUAUACUACUGUGUGUAAUAAAUGUUCGUUUCACCCUUCCCCUUCAGCCGUACUAUACUUUGUUCUCCGGGUUGCUUAGGAGCUGCCUGGUACAGGAAGUGGCGGAGUGGGGAGCGGGAAGGGUGAGUGUUGGGUGCAGUAUUUUCUUCUGGAAUCAGGGCUACUAGCCAUUCUGUCAAUUGCAGGCCAUGCCCCCCAGGCCUGGGAACAUAGCUGAAAUUUCAGCAACCUGCUACUACCUCACCCACAGGUGUUGAGAAACUGAGCCAGAGUUUCCAGCACUUAGAGAAAAGAGGUUUAAAAACAGAAACCAUGGGGAUCUAGAUUUUUCCUACACUAACCACACCCACCCCACUCCCAGUACCUAUUAUCAGCCACCCACAAUGUGUCCAACAGACUCUUUCGAUCAGGCUAAAUGGAGCCUAGUUCUAUCUGGUUCCUAUUUUUCACACUGAGCUCUGUAUGGCCUCAGGGACAUUAUUGCUCUUCUUUGAGUUUCUGUCUCCUUCCAGCUGCCUUGUGCUGAGGGAUUAAGAAGCAGUGUGUUUGGAAAGGGAGAAAGGCGCCAGAUAAAUGCCUAGGGUGAUUACUUGGCUCUGCCACGACUUAGUGACGUUCCUUCUGCCUGCCUGCCCUACCUGCCACUGUGCCUCUGGCCCCUCCCCACCAGACCAUAGGUCUUUCAGUUUGAGUAACCCCCUACAAUGUGUUACUUGUCUUAAAAACUGCUAAGGACAAAUACAGAAACUGAUUAUUUGGAAUCGAGGAGGAGCAGGAUGGCUAUUGCCCAGCCCCUGACCCAUGAGAUGGAGCAGUGGCUCAGACUUAGUGGAGAAAUCAGGAAAGAGAAUGUGUGCCCAGUGAGCUCAAUUCCUCUCACCAGCUUGCCCUUCUAUUUUCAGUGUGGAAGCACAAGUGGCCUUAACAUGGACUCCUCAGUUUCAUUCUCGUCUCAGUCUCUCUCCUGUCCAUCCCAUUCCCAUCCUCAUGAAUUAAGAUAGGCAAACCUCCUCACAAGCCCGGCUUACCCACUAGGAAUCAGAGAGAAGGCAAGCUUCAGGAAAAACUAAAUAUAAAUGUCUGACACAGGAAAUAAUUUCCCUGAAGCACCAUUCUAUUCUGUUUUCCCUUCAGUACUAAAUGCACUCACAUGUAAUACACUCAGAACAGCGCCUGGUAUGUAGUGAUAAUAAUAGAGUUUCCACACUGAGCACCCGUUGUGUGCUAGGUCCUGUGCUAUCGCUUUCACAUAUAUUAUCUCACCUUCCCAACCCUGGCAGGUAGAUAUUAUCCCCAUUGUAAGUCUAGGGAAGAGCAUUCAGAAAAGUUAAAUAAUGAUCAUAUAGCUAUUUCGACACAUGAUAACAUGAUUCUAAGAAAGGCUCACUAUAUAGAUUUUCUUCUCCUUCCUUAUUUAUACCUCCUGUCUUAUAUGUCAGGGUCUCAGAAGAACAUGGAGACACACUGGAUAAUUGAGGCAAGUUUAAUAAAGGGACGAUGUAGGAAAGUGUGGGCAAGGUUUGGACAAGGAAUACCCUCACUCUCCUUCUACUCUUUGAUCUACUGCUAAUGUCUCUUGUUGGCCAUACCCAAGCAGAAGCCAAAGGACAAAACUGUCUGUUUGGUGCACAGCAGAUAGGUCAGCCACAUGAGGCACAGGCCAUAAGGAAAUCUAGAAGGGCAACGAGAAGACGUCCAGCAGGCCGUCAAUUCUCUGCUGUUUUCAACUCAAGUGAUCUUACCAGGACUUUGGAAGGCAUGACUUAGAAGGGACACAAUUAUAUAGACAUUAGAGAACUAUUUCUGGUAUGGAGGGUUUGUGUGACUAUAGAAAGGAGGCUUGAGGAGAAGUACAUUAGACUCCAGGGCUCUUCAUAUAUUUGAGUCACUGAUGCUAUCAGCAUUUGAGGUAAUGAGCAGAGGCUGGGAGAUUUCAAGCAAGAGUGAGUCAUGCACCUUUUGUGCCCUCCCAUCCCAGAAGCCCUUAGAGUCCUCUUCAGCUGCCUCUGCUUUCAGCCAUUAAUGCUUUCUUUUCUUCCCAUGACCCUUUCCUUCCCCUUUCCCAAUAUCCUUACCAAGUAGGACCAAAACCAUUUUUAGUUCGAACCAUAUUGUGUCAAGAGCUGGAAUAAAGCUAAACAAUGGCUCCACAGAGGGAACACCAAGAUCAGGAAAAGGAACAAUCUUGAUCAUUUUUAAAAGAUAUGAAUCUCUAGCAAGGAGCCAGGGAGGACUAUAAGGGAGCAGAAGAUGGAUGUGAUUUCCAAAUGAGCUUGAAAUGAGGAAGGAUGGAAUGAGAACCAUAGGAAAGGAGGGAGAGCUGAGUUAGUUGGGGUGUGGUGACUAGAAGCCAGAUUCAGGAGUGAACCUUGAUUCACUCAACCUUGAAAGAGAGGUUGCAACUGAAGAAAAUUAGGAUCAUGAGAGUUGAAAAAUAAAAAGAGGAGGGAAAAUACACAAGAUGGGGAAAAAAGAUAAAAGGAGAAGCCAGUUGGAAUAGUCACAAGAGAAUUUAUGUGGAAGAGUUUUCAAGUCUCCUCGACCCCUGUGCCCCUUUCCACCCCUCAUUCUCCACACCCACACAUGUACUUUUUAUACGUUUAAACAGAAAAAACCCCAGAAGAAUGAGACCUACAACUGCCCUCCCACCUGGAGCCAGCUUUCUGGUUUUGCCACCAAUAAAUUGUUCUCUGAAGUAACCCUUUGGAGCUCCCCCCCCCCCCCGCCCCUUUUCCUUUGCUUACAAGCUGAGGAUUGGUUGGAUAUUGCAGUUCUAAGAUGAUAAUUUGUGAAGAAAGGGAGAUAGGGAACAACACCAAAGAGAAACCAGAGUUAGGGACUAUCCUGGAGCAGGGCAGGAGGAGGUUAGUCAGAGACCAAUACGGGAUCUAGACACACGAACAAAAGCCUAAGAGCUCCAGAUUGCCUCUUGGGAGACAGUUCCUGCCAGCUCAGCCCUCCCCUGAAGGCAGAUCCCCAUGUCUUGCCUCUCUCACUAUAGGAAACAGUCCCUGGCUCCUGGCUCUGGUCUGAUGGAGCACAAGGAACAGCUGCUGGAAUUGGAGUGGGUUGGUAUGUGUGAGUGUGCCAACCAGCCAGGGGCCCUGACAUCCCCCAACUGACCUGAGGGAGGAGCCCCUGGCCACUAGCAAAGGUGACACAAAAGGGGUGCAGCCAGGGGUUACGCCUCCAAGCCCCAGUCUGUGGGGAUGCUUAAAAACACCACUUGUAGAUCAUUUCGUUUUUAUUUCAGUUUUGUUCUAAGUUGCUAGCUUCAGAUUUGUUGAAUGUCAAAUAAAGAAUGCUUUCUACUUUUACUAUAUAUGUAUCCAGUUUGGGGGAAAUUCUGAUGUUGGCCAGGAGAGAGGAUGCAAACAACUUACAUUGCUCUGGGCACCAUUUACCCUGACCACACCCCUGGCCUCUGGUCAGAACUGACUCUCCCUUUCCAGUUGGCCCUAAAGUCUCUCCAGAAAGGUGACAUCCCCCCUCUGGCACUUCCCUUAACUCUUUGAGGAGUGCUCUCGGAAGCUUAGCCUUCAUCCCCCCUGCUGCAGCCCCACUGCAUUGUGUGUGCCUUCAGAGAAUCACCCUUUAGCAUCUCUUCGUGAGUUCCAGAAUUUUCAAGCUGCAACCACAAGUCUCUCAUCGUGUGUUCUUCUAGUUUUAUUCUCCUUCCCACUGAACCCUCUCUUAGCUAUCUCGGGCUUCUGUCCCUAAAGUCGAGGAAACAAAUUCCUUGAGAAUGAGAGGAAGAGAGAAACAGGAGUCCUAAGGCUGAAGCAGAGACAAAAUGUAGGGAGUUUGUGGCUCAGCUUCUAUGAAGUCACCCCACCUCUCCUCUGAGCCUCUGAGCUCUGAUCUUGAGAGUGGGCAGGAGCCACAGACCAUGGUAUCAGGCCCUCCCUAUGUAGCUUAUUCUAGAAUCACAAAGAACGAUGGGAGAUUUAGGAAGAGAGCUGGAACUGGGGAAAGUUAGGAAGAACCAUGCCGACCACAGGGGGGCACUGUGUCCCCAUGGGCUAGACUGGAAUCUCCAGGACCAACAGAGAGGUCAGUCAAGGACAGCAAACCCCCUCUCCCUUGCUCCAAGCAGAGAGCAUCUCUCGCUCUCUGCCUAACUUUUGGGUUUCUUAUGCAGAGACAUCUAUAGGAGAGAGACACAAAGUCACCACCAUUUCACACACCACCUCCAUGACAGGUACAUACACACUCACUCACGUAUGAACGUGUAAAUUUAAUUUUCUCCCUCCUCUAAAAAUUUACCCUAACAGUGUCAUCCAUGCAGGCAAAUGUGCUAAGACCUGCCUUCCCUUCCAUAAUGCACAGCAACAGCUAUUAGCAGUCAAGGCCGAUGCUGGUUGGAGUUCUUUGCCUUUUUGUCAGGUUUUGUUUACCUAGGAGCUAGUUGGUCCAAUGAUUCCAGUUAUGCCCUGUUUCUUUUCUUUCGUGUAGCGUUUAAGCACUCUUUGCUGUCUGCCCUGCAUGUGGUCACCCAACACCCUCGCUAUCAAUAGCUAGCUCUGUAACCCUGCUAGUCACCUAAGGCCCCUGCCCCCUUCUGAUCCUGGCCUACUGCACUUAAAAUAGACUCCAUCCUGAGAAUGAUGAACUCAAGAAUCAAGGAAUAUUCCAUGCCCUACUUCCAUGAAGUCAGUGUGUCAGCACUAAAUAUUAAGCUGCCUUAGUCCUCAGCUCAGCUUCAUUGAGGAAAGUGUAUAAUUGCCUGUGGGGUUCUAUAAUCUGACAAAUGGCCUUGUAAUAUUCUACCCACAGUACUCUCACAAGUAACACUCAAUGAGUGCCUUCUUGUUUUUACUUUUUGUGCCCCAAAAGCCCAAGAAUCAGCCUGCAACAGCCACAAAAUACCUGAAGUCCUUGAUGAUUAUUGUUCAUACUUGUUGAAAAGCUUCUCAGAAAAAACAUAGUCUAAUUAACUCCCCAAAUUUUUGGAUUUGUAGGGGAGAAGGAAUUCCUGAGAGGAAGUCCUUGUUUCUGUGAGUCUCCUGAAGGAGUCUUCAGAUUGAGAUCAAACAUGAGCAAGCCUAGCCCUCUAGUAACUGCAUGAGGCCUGGUCUACUGAUUGUAUUGAAACAUCUAAAAUGGAACCUUGGUGACCCCUAGGGAGGAUCAUGCAGGAAGGUGGGUCACAAGAUGUCCCUGGGCACUUUAGUCAGCUUUCCGUACUUCCUCCUGUGAGACCAGGAUGUUGGUGUCAUCUCUGAAAUCCUAAGCUAUUUCUCUAUCCGUAACUAGUAAGGAAGUCUUCUAAGACCUAAGGAGCUCCUCUCUUCCAAAACUUGGAAAUAAUACCAAUAUCAAAAAGAAUACCAUUCUACCAGCAUAAGGGCUAGUGACUACGCACUCACAUUUUGUGAAGUGUUUAUGCUAUUAUAAGCCCUCUCCCACAGUUUAUGUUACUUUGAGAAGAGAAGGUAAGAGUUGAAGGGUGAAGACAGGAGAAGGGGCAUGAUGCAGGCAUACCCAGACAAAGUAGAAGAAUGGUGCUCAGCUUCCUCUACAGUUUAUUGUUACAGCAGAAGUUGUGGAAGACAGGAGGGCACCCUCCACACAUAACACACUGUGGUCAGAGCCCCAAGGUAGCCCUUCCCACCCCUGUGCCAAGCCCCAAGAAGCCCUACCCCAGUUAGACUCCCUCCCCGCUCCCACUCUAGACACACACUGUCUAGACAGCUACCAAAGUUAGUGCAGCCAAUGGCCCCAGGCCCCUUCCUACU